AUGUCGUUCAGAUCGGCGAUGCUCGCCCUCGCCCUGCUGCUAAGCUGGCAGCAGCUCCUCUCGUCGUCCCCGUCCGCCUUCGCCUUUACCUUCCCCACCGAGGGCCAGGCGACGCUGACGCACUACACGCUGCCGAGCGACUACGUGGCAUCGUGCGGUUGCGUCGGUCGAUCGACCCACUACCCGACGGCAGCGCUCAACCGCCUCGCCUACGGAUCCAACACGUCGUUCGCGCCGUCGUGCGGACUGUGCUUCGAGCUGCGCCUCGUUUCGACGCCCCUCGCGAACCCACCCCCUCCCCCCGACGAUCCGGAUGCGCCGUGGGGAGAUGGCAUCUUCUACCCCGACUCGGCCGUCGCAUCGGGACAGACGCCCAGCGUCGUCGUCAAAAUCACCGACCUCUGCCCCGGCGCCGGUGGUCCGUGGUGCAACGCCACCAUGAACCCGGACGGCACCCUCGCCGGCAACCAGCUCGGAUCCCUCGUCCACUUCGACCUCGCCUGGCCUUCCGUAGCCAUACCCAACUCCUUCUUCCCCGGCGACCACGACUACGGCGUCUGGAACGUCAGCUACGCCGCCGUCAGCUGCGAUCGAUGGAAGGGCAAUGCCGACCAGGGCGCCGUCGGCUCCGACUGGGACCAGCAGGACGCCGCGUGCUGCCCGCGCGACCCCGCCCCGUCUGGCACCGAUGUCGUCUGCCCCGCCUACUACGACACCGUCGGCGAUGGCACCGCACUAGUCCCAAACACCAGCAACAUCCUCUCCAAGGGCAAGUCGAGCGCAUCGUCCGCUUCACUCGCCACCCACCCGCUGUUCGGGCCGUCCUCCACGACGACAACGACGAUGAUGCUCGCCUGCGGCUGCCUCUUCCUGUAG